GCUGGGAGGGCAGUGGCUGGGGCAGGCCCUUCCGGCCCGGGAAUGGAACUUCUGCUUGGGGCUGAACGCAGCAGGUUCCUGGCUCCUGCCCUGCUUGGCCGUGCAGUCCCAGCCCCCGGCAUCAGGGAGCCCAGGUUCCCAGGAAACAGCUGAGAUGAUGAUGAAGACCCCAAGGGGCUGUGUCUUGGUGCUGCUGCCGCUGCUGUUCCUGCUUGGUGCCUGCCAGGCCCAGACCACCUGCACCGGUCCCGCCUCCAUCCCUGGCAUCCCAGGCAUCCCUGGCGUCCCUGGCACCGACGGCAAACCCGGAAACCCAGGGAUAAAAGGAGAGAAAGGGCUGCCGGGAAUAACUGGUGACCAUGGCAAGUUUGGAGAGAAGGGGGACCCAGGGCUUCCGGGGAAUCCAGGAAAGGUUGGCCCCAAGGGCCCGGUUGGCCCCAAAGGUCCCUCAGGGCUCCCUGGAGCCCCGGGGCCCAAGGGUGAAUCGGGAGACUACAAGGCCACACAGAAAAUUGCCUUCUCGGCCAUGCGGACCAUCAACUCCAUCCUGCGGCGAGAACAGGUCAUCCGCUUUGACCACGUGAUCACCAACGAGAACCACAACUACGAGCCCCGCAGCGGCAAGUUCACCUGUACUGUGCCCGGCCUCUACUACUUCACCUACCACGCCAGCUCACGGGGGAACCUGUGCGUCAACCUGCUCCGCGGCAACAACCCCAUGCAGAAGGUGGUCACCUUCUGCGACUACGUCCAAAGCAGCUUCCAGGUCACCACGGGGGGCGUGGUCCUCAAGCUGGGCCGCCAGGAGCAGGUGUAUCUGCAAGCCACUGAGAAGAACUCCCUGGUGUCUAUGGAAGGGGCCAACAGCAUCUUCUCCGGCUUCCUGCUCUUCCCCGAUGCAGAUGCGUGACCUGCGGGGCCCAUUUGACCCACAAUGCUUACCUUUAGCCCCCCAAGACAUCCCACCCCCAUUGCCUCCUUACAGCCUGAAGUGGGGCUCUAGGUGUGUAAGUGAACGGAAAAAAGAAAAUAAACUCUAAAA